AGUCAGUGUCUCCGCGCAUGCGCAUAAUCGUCAAGAAGCGCCAAGAGUGGUCCGUAAAUUUGUUGUGAAAAUCACGGCAUGGAUGUUGAUGGUAGCGACUUUCUGGAGGCAGUGUUUUUAAACGAGAACAGGUGCCAAGAUGAAGGUUUUGCAGAGGGAAAGAUAGUUGGAAGAACGCGAGGUUUAGAAGCUGGAUACCGUCUAGGUUGUGUUAAAGGAGGUGAAAUUGGAUCUGAACUUGGAUUCUAUCGAGGCUUUGCCUAUGCAUGCAGACCUCUUGCUGAGCAGCAACAAAAGCCAAGGGUGCACAAGACCGUGGAGAGCCUGUUACACCUAAUUGAACAGUUUCUGCUGUUGGAUCCAAACACACCAACAAUACAAGAACAGCUUGACAAUAUCAGGGCAAAAUUCAAACAGAUGACAUCACUUUUGGGCAUUCAAGCUCAUUUUGUACAGCCUGAUGCCAUUGCUGGAACAUCAUUUUAAACACCACAGCAGUCGUUUCCCAAUGUCAGGGUUCCCAACAAAUGGCGGCCACAAAGACAAAGGUGAUCUUUUACACACUGUCCGUAAUGCCCCUUACACUGAUGCCACAACCAGUUUCCCCAGGCAACAAACAGCAGCUUCAAUGAAGAUAGGACUGCACCAACACCUCUGUCACUUGCAUCUGUUCUUAACUCAUUCACUAUAUGUGACUUUGGGCUGAAGACCGGGAAAGUAGGUCAAAAGCUAGAAAAUUCUCAAAAAGCUAUUUGUACAUUAUAUACAAAUAGUGCCAAGUAAAUGUUUAUUUUAAUAGAAUAGACAAAAAUUUAAAUAUUACUUAUUGUUUUCUUCUCAUUUUCGGUUGUUUGAGUACAAAUCCAUGUCGAAUUGAGUAACCUGCAACUACCACAAACAUGGUACUUGAUCAGCUGAAACCUUGCCUACGUUCAAACAUAGCAAAACACCAGAUUUGGUCAACUUUUUUUUUUUUUUCUUCACUGUUAAUGGGAAGUAAUCCAUACUAGAACUGAAUGUACCAAUAGUUUCCUCCCUUUUGUAUUUAUGCGCAGCGUGAUGUGUUGUACUCCACUUCCCUAGUUGAAGACAGCUUCACACCACAGUAAACUGGGCUGUAGAGAAGGAGUUCAAAUAAUCAAUCUCACAAGGUGUCACGACCGGCCGUCGGACUGCGGGUUCUUUCAAAUAAAACAAACACGAGAUCACUUCAGGAUGGGACGUCCAUUUAAUAUUACACACGAAAAACUUCAACCAUACAUAUCAAAUACAUCAAACUUCCAAAUAAAGUGAUUUACCAUGCGCUUCUCCUCAUAUACAACAUGCUCAGCAUUACACUAGCAUGCACCAUAAAUGACUAAACGGGUAAAGAGAAGUCUUAUAGAGCACUUUUCAAAUCGCUAGACAAAAGUCAGAGUGCUCAGACAUAUGAAAACACUUAUGGUUACUGUUCGCUAGGGUCACCUCAUCGAACAUAAAAAGGUCCGGCGUAUCUCAGUCCACGAUGAGCGUACAGGUGCCUUACGCACUCCCGAACACACUAAUACACAUAUUCCAUCGAGAUAUCCGUAGCUGGCACACACAAAGCUACACCAGGAACAUCAGGUUCCUUAUGCACUCGUGAAUACACUAAUUCACAUAUUCCAUCGAGAUAUCUGUAGCUGGCACACACAAAGCUACACUAAGAACAUACUCCAAACUGCGAGUCCGGACGCUGGGGUCACGGAACAGCGCGGCUGGAUGUAGACGGACGGAAAUCCACCCCGUACGAUGAAACAAGCAGAGGGAGGCUCUCGGGCCUGGCCGCUGCUAAGGACUUCACUUAUACCUCUUAGUGGGCCCCCUCCAAAAGUUCCUUGGGACUUCACUUGUACACCUUAGUGGGUCCCUCCAAAAAUUCCUGUAACUCGGUGUCUAAUUAGUCUAGCGAAUUUAUAACUUAUACUAUCAUAUACUGAGCCAUAACGUCAAGUGAAACAUAUUUACUUUUAGAAAUUAAGUCACCUUUGUAAACAAUUUAGAAAUGCUACUUUAUAUUUAGAACUUCAGCAAAUGUUUAAUCUAUUACCUUGGCUAGGCAAGGAACUUAGUUCACUGAUUCCCGGUCUCUGUAACACAUACAUCAAGACCAUCCGUCUCGGCAGUUUCGUUGGGAAUGCUAACUCGCGGUUCACUCAGCCAGAGCAUGAGGUCAACUCUCGUCACUUUUUUGUUGUGAGAGGCACGGGGAUUUUACUAUAAGCGGGCACUGUCACACGCUCAGACAAUCCCGCCAGCUACAUGACUGUUAUUCACCCUACCCCACUAUCUCUCACACCACACAUGUCCGCUACACAAGGUCUGGUAAUUUGAUAAUGACACCAGAUGACGGACUCCACUUUAAAACUCCAUCAGUACGUAGGGGGAAGCGUGCGAUGUUACCAGUCGACGAGGCCCUGAAUACCCAUCAGUAUAAUUUUGAUCGGUAUUUUAAAAAAAUUAUCAAAAAUUUAUAUCUAUUAACCAACAGUGUAGACAAUUAUCUGUGAUACUCCAUUUUAAAGAGCAUUUUUAAAACAUUUACGUGGUGUAAAUGUAAGAAAUAUAGGUUUUGUCUAUUGGUAGUAAAAUCAAAUGAAAGAUUGUAACUGUAUACGACAGAGAAUUCACUAUUCGGGAAAGUAGGUCAACCCUUAGGAAUUAACCCCAAAAAUUUACAUGAUAUAAACAAACACGAUAUAAAAUACCAAACAAACAUAUAUUUUAUUAGAAUAUACAUAAGAAUUUAAAUAUUACUGUUUUCUUCUCAUUUUCAGUUGUUUGAGUACAAAUCCAUGUUGAAUUGAGUAACCAGUAACCGACUUGAACAUGGCGCUUGAUCACAGAAUCUUUGCCUACUUUCAAACAUAAUGCAAUACCUGACUUUUUCAUCCUUUAAAAGGAGGUAAUCUAUAGUGGACCAACGCUUAAAGUUUCCAGUACUUGGCUCCCUUAUGUAUUCAUUCAUCUACUCACAGAGUGAUGUGUUCUAAGAUGCUACCCUGUCACCUGCACUCUACAGUGCCUUUCAGACGAGGAAAAUAAAUAAGUAAAAACGCCGACAAAAAUUUUAAUUUUAAUUAUUUGAAGACGGCUAGGCUAGAGGCCGUUUGACCCACUGGUGCGCAUGAUUUUUACUGGUUUUUACCGGUUUUCAAAAAAAUUAUUAAAAAAAAUAACUGAAAGAGGUAGAAGAAUAAUUCAAAUUGAUAAUGAUAGAUCAAAAUGUAUAAAAUAGGAACAAUCAUACCUGAAACUUGCUUGAGAGCUCACUUGUAUUAUUGUAAUCCAUACAGAAUCGGGUAGAUGAAGUAGAAAUUUUUUUCAGCACGUGUUUACACAAGUUGUCAUCUAACAUGAAGUCUAACAAGAAGAUGACUUAUAGGAACACAUUUUGAUCUUUGAAAACCAAACAGAAAUGCACACACAUUGUUCUUGUCCAUAGAAAUUCACAAAUGAUGCCAGAAUUCUGAAAAUCCGAGGAACUAGCCGCACAUUUCUCGUAUAUCAUCUCUCCAUUUUUUUGCAUACACUCCACCAAGCAUUCUUUGAGGAUGGAAAUACCAUUGUUAAUACCAAAGUAUGGGUAAAAGGCAGAGCCUUCAGGUGGUACAUAUGCACAUAUAUAAAUAAUAUCUUUAUCAAGAUUAAACAGGAUUUUGUUAAUUCACAAAACAAUCAGAUUAUGAAAACUUGUGUCUAUUUUUGUAAUAUAUGGUAUCAGGUUAUUGUUAAUGAGACAUAAUAUACCUCCUGAACGAUGACCUUGGUUAUUAAAUUUAAUAGCCGGUUUGUAGAAACAGUGAUAAUUUGAAAAGAUUGUAGAAGUAAAGUUUUCCAUAAAUGUUUCGACAAGGCAAAUAAAGUCAAAUGACAUUAUGAAAGAUAGGAAAUCAUUGUUCAUUAAUUUACCUUGCAGUCCACAUACAUUCAAAUGUAGAAAGGAAAGUUUAUUAUGUAUGACAGCACUUUGAUCAUCACCACUGUUUCCAUUUCCACAAUCAGGGUAACUCUCAUUUGUUUUUGUCUAUCUUCAUUGGGAUUUAUUCCUUGGACUUGUAAACACUCUCACACGACCAAUGAGUAACACCAGGUAUACUCGAUGGACGCUCGUCUUUUAUCAGUGGAAGCGGAAUGAUUUGCAGGGCGGCCAGAACUCUACCUUUCUUCAGUAAGGGCACCGUUUGCAUCAGCAGAGAAUUUCUUCCCAUCAUUAUAUAGGUGAUCAAAAACCAUUUUCACCCUUUUUCCUUCACUUCUCGCUUUCUUCAUGUGUGGGGUCAGUAGUUUCCUCAUUUAAUGCACCCGCGACGAUGUCUUCUCUAAUAAAAAUUUUUGAUCCUUUUAAUUUUGUACUUAGCUUUCAUGACAUGUACUCUGUAUGAGAAAAAUGUAAAUCUGGCGAUGAUUGGAGAGUCGUUCUUGUUGUUCAGUCCGAUCAAACUUUAUAUUGUCUGGAAUUUCAAGUUUGUUUCUGAGAAAUGUACUCACAAUGGCUUCACAAUCGUCUGGCGUUUCCUUGUCCUUAGGAAAACUGAAGAACAGCAGGUUGUUCCUCUGUGAUCUUCCUUAGAGAUCGUCGAUCUUCCUGUACACCUCGCUCAGUUUUUUCUGUAGACAGUCGUUUUUUUUCUUGGAGUUGUUCAAGCUCGUGUUGAAUCCUAGAGUUUUCAUGGCGUAGUUCUUGCAUUUGCAUUUGGAUGGUCGAGCUUGAGUCGUUUAACCUUUUGAUAUCAUCUUUGACUUCGUGGAACUUGGCGUUCAUGUUCUGCAGCACUGACAUAACAUGGGACAGGGUGGGCUCUGGUCUGUGCUGUGUCUUGGUGUGUCCUGCACUGUCUACCCUGUCUGCACUUGCACUCCUUGAAGCGCUGGCAGUAGCUAGUCGUGUUUGUAUCAUCGUGUCUUUACCAGUGGGGCCAGGGUCUGGCUCCACAUCGCCACAUAACAUGAGUAGAAGCGAGAGCAGCAAACCCAACACUGCAGCGUCUGUUCACAUCAACGUAAUGAUGGCGAUCCGCACAGACAGUUUUGUUUUGCUCUUUUCAGCAUAAAGUCGAUGAAUAUUGGUAUAAUUGUAGCACACUUUACUUAUUUUGAAACUGGUCAAAUUAUUAUAUAAUAAGUAAAAAUAGCUCUCAUGAAAAGAGAGCACUCGAAAACACGUCUUGUCGUUUCCGUGAACCGUGUUCACCCCCCUCACCAAACUGCAGUUAUGCAAAGUGUAAAGUCUACCGUCAGCAAGAAAAUCUCUUGUCUCAAUACAUUGAAGAAUGUAUUUCAUGAGGCCUUCGUCACUCAAACCCAUUAAUUCCCCCUCCCUCUUGUAGACUGCUAUGUCUCGAGAGGGUGUUACCAUGAAUAAUUCCCUGUUGCUCAUUAAACAACUCAAAGAUAAAUGCUACACACACACAAAAAUUAAACCUAUACCCAGUUAAGGCAAUGCACACUCAGAUAGCACAACUGGUUUUAAAUACCUAAACCUUAAUGCAAAUCAAUGCAUGAAAUACUCUUCGAAGUGCAAAUAAUUCCUGCUAACAAAAGGGGAGAACCCCUAAGUUCAACAGGCUUAGUUUACACCAACUUAGCAUAUCAUGUAUUCAUACAACAUGGUGUCAACAUUCCAAAUUUACAAGAUGGAAAUAAAACAAUCUUUGACUUAAAAUGUGGACAUACUUGAAGAAAAUAACAUUUGCGCCCUUUUUCUUUCAAUGCAUAUUUUUUUACAUGAGUAACAUUUGUACAUUUGUAAACAAUGUGAAAGUCAUAUAUGUAAAAUGUUCAAUUUGUUAAUCAAAUUUAUAUUGUUAUAAUUUUAUAUAGACAGAGCAAGUAGAAGAGGCAUGACCCCACUGAACCUUAAAGUUCUGCAUUCAUUAUUCUCCACAAAUGUCGAAAGAGAGCUUUUUAUUUUUAUGAAGGCAUGUACACAUCAGUUAGAUGCUAUAUCCAUUCUCACAUGGGAUACACAUGCCUGGUUGUCAUUGAGGAUAACCAAAUAAAAGGCCAAAAUACAAGUAGUGCCCUAGCUACAGGUGGAUAUGUUUUCUGGGUAUAGUUUAGGAAAAGUUCAAUAAAUUAUAGAGCACAUUUCUUAUGUGUAACAUUGCGACAUAAGUGAAAAUGUGAUAUUGCUGGAUAAUUGUUACUGUUGUAUUGAUGGUGACGAAAAUAUUCUUUUUUGUUUCUUAGCUUUAUUUUUGUAGUUGUGUGGGCUAAAAUGAAUUUGUGAGGGCAUGAACAUGACUGUGAAUGAUGAUGCUGAAUAAACUUGCCAAGGGUCAGAUUAUUGAUGGAAGAAGAUGUUUUUAAAUGAUGAGCAUUUAAUGUUUUGUUAAAAGGAUGCAUCAGUUGCAAAGCUAAAGAUGUGUGGAUGGGACACUGUUCUGUAAUGCUUGGCAAGUGUGGGUGUCGCAUGUUCCUUGAAUGUGUAUUAAAAUCCACAUUGUCAUCAUUUUGAGUAAUAAAAACAUGAUACCUC